GUUUAUCCCGUUUUCCCUAAUAAAAAAUGUAUUACUUAUAAAUAUAAACUUUCCUUUCAUGUUUAGGGGAAAUUUGAAUAUCCGAAAUUGAAACUACGUCGAUUGGAAAAAACUUUUUGCUUGUGUUGUACUACUUUGUAUGUUUUUAAUGGAAAGAAUUGAAGAUCGAAUGAGAGGAUUAAGUUAUUUUCGCCCAGUGGAAAUGUCAGUGGACGAGCAAGAAGAUAAUUUUGCUGGUAAUCAAAAGCUCUGUCAAUGGUGUACUAAUGUUGAAUGGACCUGGGAUGCUGAGAGCAAUGAUGAAUUUGUUAAUUUGGUGAAUCACAAUAGGGAUGUUCGGUUUCAUCAAAACUUUAGUCGUGGCACUGCCAUAGUUCGUGGAUCUCAACCUAUGUCAGACGACCAAUUUUAUUGGGAAGUUAAAUUGAUACAACCUGUAUAUGGAACAGAUAUAAUGGUUGGUGUUGGUACAUCUGAAGCUGAUAUGUCGCAAGUUCAUGAUAAAUUCUUAAGCAUACUUGGUAUGGACAACAAAACAUGGGGUCUAUCCUAUACUGGAUUAUUUUACCAUUGUGGUGAAGCUCAGGACUAUGCUCCUUCUUUUAGUCAAGGAAAUGUGAUUGGUAUUCAUUUGGAUCUUUGGAGGGGAACAUUAUCUUUUUAUAAAGAUAAGAAACAUUUGGGUGUUGCAAGUUCCGGCCUAAAAGGGAAAACACUUUAUGGAAUGGCUUCUUCAACAGCUGCUCGUAGUGGAAUGCGUAUUUUAAGGUGUUCAUCUUUUCCUUCAUCUCUGCAAUUUCUUUGUUGUUUGAGACUUCGAGAUAUAAUCCCAAAUGAUAGAAAUGUCUUAGAUGUUAUUGAUAUACCAAGUGGCCUACGGAGGUUCCUUAGUACUAAUCUUGAUUGGCUUCUUGAUCAGUGUAAUCUAGAAAAGACUGCAAGUGAUAUGUGCAAGCAUGGCAAUCUUAAAUCAAACAAAGACAAGAAGAAAAGCAUUGAUGUCGUUGCAAAUUUUUGCAAUCAAAUUUUGCAUUCUGAACCUUCUAAAAGUAAUAGUAUAGAUGAAUCUGCUGAUAGUUCAGGUAGUCAGUUUGUGCUCUUAGGAUCUGUACCUUACAGUUUUAGAAAUUUUAAUAGGUUUCAAGCAAUUCGUAGAAAUUGUACGCAUUUAAGUGAAAAUGAUAGAUCUGCUAAGCGACUUCAUUACUCAUAUAAUUAUUCUAUAGGCUUGUCUGAUACAGAUAGCGAUUAUGAGUAG